AUGGCCACCCCUAGUGUCCUAGCCUUUGACGCCGAGGGUCGCGCCAUUGAUUUUGAGGUCUGGCUAGAUGACCUGCAGCUUUUCUUACAGUGCGACAGAGCUGACAGCCUUUCUCUCUUUGACCUCACCUCUGGCGCCUCUCCUGCUCCUGCUGCCGAUGCUGAUCCCACUGUCCGCUCUCAGUGGGCCACCCGCGAUGCUGCUGCACGUCUUGCUGUGCGUCGCCACCUCCCUACCUCUGAGCGUGCGCAUUUUAGUCAGUACAAGAGUGCUCAGACCUUGUACGACGCUGUAGUUGCGCGCUACUCCUCUCCUGCCACUGCUGCACUGAGCCGUCUCAUGCUUCCCUACCUCUUUCCUGACCUCUCUGCCUUUCCCACUGUCGCUGACCUCAUUACGCACCUCCGCACUAGUGACACUCGCUACCGCGCCGCCCUUCCUGCUGAGUUCUGCGCUAAGAACCCCCCCCCCAUGUACAUCACUCUCUACUACGUAGUCGCGCGCCUCCCUGACUCCCUCCGCGUAGUCAGGGACCACUUUCUCGCAGUCUGUCCCACCACUCUCACCGUCGACCUCCUCGAGAAGGCCCUCCUCGCAGCGGAGAAGAGCAUAGUCGCUGUCGGUGCCUCUCGUGGUGACCCUCGCACCCCCAUCUUUGAGGGGUGCUCUCCUUCCCCCCUGCUGCCCUCUGUUGCCUCUGCUGCUGCGGCCGACCUGCUUGGUCUUGAGUCGGUCGGCGCGGCGUCUGCCCCUAGUGGGAGACGUCGCUCUGGCAAGGGCAAGGGGGGCAAGGACGCGGGCGGAGCUGGAGGGGGCGGUGGCGGUGGCGGCGGGGGCGGCGGAGGGAGUGGGGGUGGCGGCGGGAGUAGUGGUAGUGGUGGUGGUGGUGUUGGCAGCAGCGGCGGAGACGGUGGUGGUGGUGGCACCGGUGGUGGUGGAGGCAGCAGCGGGAGUGGAGGCGGUGGAGGUGGAGGUGGUGGAGGUGGAGGCGGUGGAGGCGGCAGCGGAGGAGGCGGUGGUGGUGGAGGAGGUGGAGCUGGUCGUGGUGGUACCCAGCAGCGGAGCGGCGGUGGUGGUGGCCAGCGCUCGCAGCGGCAGCAGCAGCAGCGUUCGCGGGACAUCCCUCCGCCUCAGCAACUUCGUGAGUGGUACGCUGCGCGUCAGAGGGGUGGGGGUACUGGUCCCUGCGCCUACGUGUGUCCCAGGUAG